GUGAAUUUAGUAAUACUUCACUUACGUUUGAAGUACGCUAAAUCUGCAGUCUGAGCGAACUCCUAUUGAUUAAAAACUAGAAUUUCUGACGUUUCACAACUUAAUUUAAAUCGCUCCUUCAGAGAGUAAAUAAAUAACUGAAACGAAUUAGCACGAGUAAACCUUCCGGAAGGAACUUGGACUAAGUUACGAAAAGUCAAAGAUCCUAGUUUCUACUCCUUGGGACAUUACAGUAAAACCUUGGUAAUGUCGAAUUUUUAGUUGUUGUGCCAAAUCCCAACAAAUAAUUUGUUUCGAAAACGGUUCCAUGAUGCUAUUCGCCAACAACUUCACAUGCAUUUUGUGCACUAACAGUCCUUAUUAGGCUAUUUCACAUACUCAAGACCACGUGAUAUAAAUGAGUCACCGGUGUAGAUGUCCUACUCACAUUUAAAUUACUAUUGGUUUUUCCUGAACAUUACUUUUGUUACCAUACUAAAGUAGGACACUGAAAUUCUUGUGACCAAUCACAUGUUUUAUUGGUUAACCAAUUGCAUCUAAGUGAUCGAUUAAACUAAUAAUUGUAAUCUUAUUGGCCUAUAAAAGUAUCUUAAACCCAGUUUGUUUGGACGGUGGAUAAUAAUUCGUUUUGUUAAUGAUAUGGCUGGUCUCCUUGCAGCAAAGAUGUAUAGUUGGAAGGACACUAACCUUGCACUUUUUGGGUCCGAUAUAGAAAGAGCUGUAAAAAAGGAAUCUGCUGAGAAAGAACCAGCAUGGGGACCAGUACGAAAGAUUACUUCCCCUACUCUAAUGGUCUGGCGAAUAAAAAAUUUCCAGUUAGAAGUUGUUCGAGGUGAAGACAUUGGCAAAUUCUUCCGUGGUGACUCCUAUAUUGUUUUAAAUAUUGAAAAAGUUGGUGAUGAACUGUUGUAUGAUGUUCAUUUCUGGAUUGGACGUGAAAGCACUGCAGAUGAAUACGGAACAGCAGCCUAUAAAACGGUUGAAUUGGAUACUUUUCUUGACGAUAAAGCGGUUCAACAUCGAGAAGUUGACGGAUUUGAGUCUGAUUUGUUUAAAACUUACUUUAAUCGCUUUGAAACUCUUGCAGGUGGAUAUGCAAGCGGAUUUAAUCAUGUAAAACCGAAUGAAUAUAGACCUCGUCUUUUAAUGUUUCAUUCAGUUGAUCGUAAAACUAUGGAAUUAAUUGAAGUGCCUUUUUCCAGACGUUCUUUGGAUUCCACAGAUGUCUUUAUUUUGGAUAUGGGUAAUCAAGCAUACCAGUGGAAUGGACGUGGGUGCAGUAAAGAAGAAAAAUUCAAGGCAAGUCAGUUUUUACAACAACUGGAGUGUGAUCGUAAUGGAAGGUGUAAAACUGAGGUGACAGAUGAAGAUGGUUCUGAGGAACAUAAAAAGUUCAUUAGUUUAUUGCCAGAUGUUGAAAUAGGAGAAAAAGUUCAACAAAAAAUAGGCAAGAAAGUAAUUUACAGAUCUUCGUCGCCGCAGCUGUAUUGGGAGGGGGGUCUUUGGUAAUGUCCGUGGUUGUCGUCGCUAUUACGUAUGUAUAAACUCUAUUGAGUCCUCAGUCUUACUGCUUAUACUUUGAGAUGCGAACCAUUGCAAUUCCUACGAUGCAAACUAAGAACGCACAAAACUGUUGCAAUGAAAGUUUAUUGACUUUUCAGAAACACGUCAACAAACAAGUCCCAAAAAUCACGUAGUUAUUUGACUAAAAUACAAUUAUUUAUUUAUCGUAUUACACACUUAAAACAACCACAUAGAGGGAAAUACAUGGAGUUAUUGUAAAAGUACGCACUAAAUGUAGUUUCCUCGAAAUAAUAUAGUGAAUGUACUUGUCGAACCAACCGAAAGUUCACUCUAGUCAUAUUGAACAAAGUUGAUACUGAAUUGAUACAAUAAAUUUUGAUCUAAAGAAGUUCUUUCUAGCUCGUUAUAUCAAUUUCAAUUCAAACAAUUUACUUAAUGAAUAAUUACCGUCUGAUAAUUUGUGACUGAAUAAAUCUCUACUACUUACAAUUCUUCGGCAAAAAUAAAUAAACAUCUUUUCCACCUCACUUGAAGUAACGAAUUUCUGCUGAUAAAUCUAAGGCGAGUUUAUACAUUAAGUUUAAGUAGUCUAUAGAUUGGUUAUUAAUAACUUGAUGUUGUUACGUAAUUAAACUUAACUGACUAUUCAUUACUACUACUAAUAGCACGGUGUAAUUAUGCCUAAUUCUAACUUCUACUCAGUUUAUGAAUUUGUUAAAUCUUGAUUAAGGAUUCGGCUGACCUACUUCCGUUUUCUAAUUACGAAUGACUGAGGUCCUCCUAAUGCACAUUGGAAUAGAUAUUAACUCUGUAGUACGGCAAUUAACACACAUACACAAUGCUGCAACCUAGGGAGAAGACAGAAGUACAGAAAAACCUUGAUAUUCAAAACGGACAAAACUGAAACAGAGCGACUCUGUAUAAAUAAUAAAUGAUAUUUGAUAGUAACGAGACAUAACCUUAAGACAGAAAACUUAAUAGACUAGUGGCGAAAACCGAUCAGAAACACAACAAAGGUUAUAUAUGGAUGUGAGUGGAAAAAAAAUUUACUCAGAGUUACCGUUACAGAAAAAAAGUUGACAUUUGUUAGCUAAACUAGAUAACUUGAAGUCUUUUUACAAGAAUUUUCUUAAAUUAUUUUGCUAUAGAACUUAUGGUAAAACCACUUGUAUUCAGUGACUAUUUACACUAGAAACUAGGAGCUUGUAGUUCUGACAAGAAUAUAUUACGCAGAAUAUGUUAGUCUGGUUUUGAUUAAGGUAUAGUAAGACAGUUAAAUGACUGAAAAUUAAGGUUCAUUUUCAUUGACAUCACUAUGUUCAAUCAGUUUAUUGAAUAAAUAUGCAUUUUAAGAUUGCCAACUUUCUGCUAUGUAUGUAUCAGAACACUGGUCCUGUUGCAACUUUAAGCCCGACUUUUUAUCACGUGAUUUAUUCACCAAUCGAAAUACGACUUAUCCAAUCUUGGCACUGUGCCAAACCAAUGACGUUCGACCGCUUUGAUCAGCCUAGCGUCCUUAUUGAUCUCUUGUCCGCCUAGCUCUUCCAGUUGAGUCCGGAACACCAAUGACAGCUUCUGCUAUGCGAAUCAUUUAUUUCAAACAUACUUGGUUUAUAUACCAGCCAAACAAACAGCAUCACACCAUAAAAUAGGAAGUAACAUUCCCACAAGAUCAAGCCAAAUGUGGCUGUGAACGUGGGAGACGGUAACUAAUAAACUGAACAUAAUUUAAGAACAGUAAAUCGUAUAAUAAUAAUCUACGGGUCAAAAUGAAGUUUAUAAUAAGAGGAAUAUAGAUAUACAUAAUCUAGUUACUGAACAAUUGUACAAUAGGAAUAUACAUAUAAUAUUAAUCCAUUAUUAGUUGUCAGAAGUUACCUGUAGUUUGAUCUCACUAGGAUAUAACAGGUUCUUUCUAGAAUGUUUAUUGACAAUGGGUAAGAAUUAGCUAACCUCCGUAAUAAAUUUCUAGCAAGUUAAAGUUUAUUCGAAGAAAAAGUUUUAUUUGUCACAAAAGAGCCUGUUAUAUGUAAAAUACAAUAAUCUAAACCGUAUCCCUUUUAGUGAUAGAUCAAAACUGGGUUUAUUCUGUUUUCUAGAAAUAUAUGGAAAUCCACAUUGACAUAUGAUUGCUUAGUUUCCUGAAAUGAAAUAGUCUAAACUGUACUUGAUUAAUUUACUUUAUGUGGACCUCCUCAGAAAUGUGCAUUUACUAACUUUAUGCAGCAUCAAAUCUAUGACUUUAAACUCACAGCGUGAGCUCUGAUCGUAAAAUUUUAUGUAAACUAUCUGCAAACUCAAAAAAGAAGUUUUAACGCAUCGUCUUAUUGAUUAGUAAUUUUGUUCAAUUCAUGUAACAUUACUUGUUGAUAUCAGUAUCGGCUAACAAUAAGAUAUCUGUUAAGAAGAUUCCGUCAUUUUAUGAAUCGAUCUGCUAUCCAUAUAGUAAUGAGAGUCUACGUUCACAUUCACACUUGCUACAUUAUUUUCGCAUGAGUUCAGUUCACUAAUAUUUCAAACCUAUUUGACACAUUCUUCACCAUACGCUCAAUUUUUUCUUUUAUUGUUCUAAUUUUUUUAUAGAGUUUCAGAUGAAAGUGGUAAA